UUCUUCACAACCCCACUCUUCCGCUGUCUUGCACACAAGUGUUCGGACCGAACAGCCACAUUACCAUAAAAGAUGACGAGUGUACACUAAAAGUCUCCAAAAAGACCUACCCUAAACUAGUGGAGCCACCACCGGCCCCGUGUGAAUGUCCGCCGGUAUCCCAGCGCCCUCCACGCCCGUGCCGGUGAUGCCAUGCCGAGGGGUCACGGCGGCGACGAGAGCGGCGGCGGCGGUUGUGGUGUCGGUGUUGUCGGUUCCGGAAUCUGGCUCAAGACUUCCCCGGGACGCCUGGCGCGGGACUUCCCCCCGAGGGAUGUGGAGUUCGGCCAGACGACGAUGAACCACGCGGUUCGGACAGGAGUCGUGGCCGGGGAUGGGCUUGGGCCGCCCGGUGCCGCCGACCGGAGGAAGCAUGGCGCCCGGCUCAGCCUGCUGGGCAAGCCGCUGGCGUACAGCGCGCAGGGCGGCCGGAGGAACGCGCGCUACCGUUGGCUCCAGAACUACCUGUACAACGUCUUGGAGAGACCCCGAGAGUGGGCGUUCGUCUACCACGCUUUUGUGUUCAUCCUGGUGUUUGGAUGCUUGGUGCUGUCCGUGUUUUCCACCAUUCCUGCUCACCAGGAAUUCUCCUCGCACUGUCUUCUCAUUCUGGAGUUUGUGAUGAUCGUCGUGUUUGGUCUGGAGUACAUCAUCCGAAUAUGGAGCGCCGGCUGCUGCUGUCGCUACCGAGGCUGGCAAGGACGCCUCCGCUUUGCCCGGAAGCCAUUUUGUAUCAUCGACAUCAUCGUGCUGAUCGCCUCCGUCGCCGUGGUUUCCGCCGGCAGCCAGGGCAACAUCUUCGCCGCCUCGGCCCUGCGCAGCCUCCGCUUCCUCCAGAUCGUGCGCAUGGUGCGCAUGGACCGGCGGGGAGGGACCUGGAAGCUGCUGGGCUCUGUCGUCUACGCGCAUAGCAAGGAGCUGGUGACAGCGUGGUACAUCGGCUUCCUGGUGCUCAUCUUCUCCUCCUUCCUUGUCUACCUGGUGGAGAAAGAGGAAAACAAGGACUUUGCCACCUAUGCCGAUGCUCUUUGGUGGGGCACGAUCACUCUAACCACCAUCGGCUACGGUGAUAAGACGCCGCAAACUUGGACUGGGAGGUUGUUGUCUGCCGGCUUUGCUCUCCUGGGAAUCUCCUUCUUUGCCUUGCCUGCUGGCAUUCUGGGUUCAGGUUUUGCCCUAAAAGUGCAGGAGCAACAUCGGCAGAAGCACUUUGAAAAGAGACGCAAUCCUGCAGCCAGCCUCAUCCAGUGUGUCUGGCGUAGUUACGCUGCCGAUGAGAACUCGGUUUCCGUUGCAACCUGGAAGCCUCAUUUGAAGGCAUUGCAUACCUGCAGCCCCGCCAAGAAAGAGCAGGGCGAGACCGCAUACAGUGAGGGUCACAGGAAAUUCUUCCGAAGGUAUACUAGGAAAUACAGGAGUCAAAAGUUGAGCUUCAAGGAGCGAGUCCGCUUGGCAAGCCCGCGGGGGCAGAGCGUGAAGAGCCGCCAGGCGUCUAUUAACGACCGCCAGCGCUGUUCCCCCGGCAACGAGGCUGCGAGCGGCUGUGGUGAGCUAAUUGGCCAAAGCCCCACCAAAGUGCAAAAGAGCUGGAGCUUCAAUGACCGCACACGGUUCCGACCCUCGCUCAGGCUCAAGAGCCAGACGCGCAACACAGCUUCAGACGUGGACGCUGGCAUGACCACGGAAGAUUCCCAGGACGAGCGAGGCUGCCACUGCGACAUCACGGCCGAGGACUUGUCCGCUCCCCUUAAGGCCGUCAUCAGAGCUGUCAGGAUCAUGAGUUUCCACGUGGCCAAAAAGAAGUUCAAGGAGACGCUGCGUCCGUACGACGUGAAAGACGUGAUCGAGCAGUACUCUGCGGGACACCUGGACAUGCUGUGUCGCAUCAAAAGCCUUCAGACCAGACUAGAUACGGUUGUAGGUCCUGCUCCGAGACCCCUCAGCCGACACGCCAAGACCUUUUCCUCACCGUCCCUGCAUUUGUAUUACAAUCAGGCCCGGAGGAAGUCGUCCACUCCGGGACAGGCCAACUUGAGUAGUCGACUCAGGAACAUGUCCUCCCCCGCCCUGCAUUACAAUUAUGGCAACAGGAAGAAGAGCUCAGCCUCAGGGGUGGAUCAAAUCCUGGGCAAAGGCCAAAUUGCCGUGGAUAAGAGGAUGAGGGACAAACUGAACCCGGACGGAGAUGCCCACGAUGGCGUCAGCAUGCUGGGCCGUGUAUGUAAAGUGGAGAGGCAGGUUUCCUCCAUCGAGUCCAAAUUAGACUCCCUUCUGGACGUGUACCGCCAUGUCCUGCAGCGUGGUCCGUCUGCUUUGGCCCUAUCCUCGCUGCCGCUUUUCGAGCUGGACCGCCACCGUGACUCCGACUACCAGACCUCCAUCCUGGACCGAGACCCGCCUUCCCCGCAGGGAAGCGACAGCAACGCCCACCCGAGGGGUCUUCGGCUCAUCCUGGCCCCGGCCGACAGCGAUGAGGGUCCGCCGGACUCUGCGCCUCCGUCCUACCCGCCGUCCACCGCCUCGCUGUCCCCGUCACCCUUGCUGCCGCCUGACAGCCCCUACCCCACGCUGGUCACCCCCAACGGCACCAGGCGGGCGCAUUUCCCCGACCUGCCUCCUCCUCCACCUUCCGCGGGGGGCUUCACCCUCCAGUUGCCCCCCGUCAUGCACCCCUCCCACCUGCGCUGCCCCGUGUCGGAUGGCGUGGUGGCACACAGGGGCGGCCCGGGCCCCUCCGUCGUGGUGGGACCCGGCGAGAAGACGGGCUACGUGCAGCUACGGGAGAAACCCGGCUCAAAAUCCGACGCCACCUGGAGGCGGCACGUGAGCCUGGAGGUGGACCCCUUGCUCAUGUUGUCGCCGGGCGACGUCCCGGCGGCACCCGACUGGGGGGGCGCCCUUGCCAAGUCUCUCUCCAUGCACAAUCUCAAUCGACACGGGGGCGAGGGCUGGAGCGGGAGCGGACUCUUCAUUUGCGAGCGCACAUCGGCGACCCCCGGUGAGCAUUUAGACUCUGACAGGAACCCAGCUGUGGAGCAAGAUGUGCUGGGUUCAGACUUUCUUGAUCAGUCGCCGCAUAUCCAGCUGGCCUGACGACACCAACAGAUGCACACACAAAGUUACUGUAUGCCGCUCUUCAGGAGGCCUCUUUAACAGGAAAUGACUUAUUUCCUAGCUUGUGAAUGUCUUGCUAUAUUUUGUUCAUUCUCAUCAACUUUGUUUCACGCGGUGUACUUAGUAGGCAAAACAAAGACUCGCAAGGAUACACUAUUUGGCUUUCAGCUGAAAUUUCUGGACCAUCCUAAACCUGAGAUGUCCAUUGAAAGGUUUAGAGAAAGUCAAAUUUAGUUAUAGUGCCUUUCCUGUUCAUUCUGAAAUUUUGCUCGACAGCGGUUUUGCGAGUCGUACAUGUGUGAAAGUGGGCAAAUGUAUGCCAAGCACAUUGUGGUGUCACAAAAUCUCAAAUGAGCUGCCGGUUGUGGACUAGCGUUUAGCAACGCUAACAAAAAGAACGAACAAGAACGCACUGCAUGUUGUCUCCCAUUGACACUAUCGAUCAAUCGUAUCAAUAUCAACUGAUUUUUCUAUACUAUAAUUUGGUUCUAGAUUUUUUAAAGAUUAUGAUUACAUUUAAUGAAACUUUUUCUUUUGACAACUCUUGUAUUUGGAUGCUGGUUGCCCCAAUAUAUGAAAUAAAGACGAUUGACCGUUUAGUAAACCACACCCACUUAAAUGCAGACCGGCCAAUCAGUAAGCAUGUAACCUUUUUUUAUUUCUUUUAUACAUAUUUGCUUUCUUUAAAGGUUAUUCCAAUGAACUCUUGUUUAUAAAUCACACAAUUGUUACUUCGCACACUGAGCUGUAACACAUAAAAACCAUAUGUAACAAUACUCGUAUUCUCUCGGUGGGAACAGCAACUAUUAUUAGAGCUGAAUCGGAGAACUUCUCUGCCUCUUCUUCUCCUCGCUUUUAAUUCCGCUGUAACUUUCCACUUGAUUUUAAUACUGUCUGGCAGUGUGGCACAACAUGAUAUUACAUUGAAGGCGCACAACUCAACCUAGACUUGCCAAUAUACGAUAAACUCAUAUUGUCUGCUGCUGUCUGCGAUGUAGUUGUCUUAUAUGUAAAGUAGCGGUAUGCUGUCGUUAACUCAAUAGCACGAAUGCUAAUCUUGCUAGCAGCUCAUUCGGCUACCUACUGUACAUGCUCUGAGUUGAAACUUGUCUUGAUUUUUUUUUUUUUUUAUUCAAAAUUAUGAGAAAAUGUAAUAUUAGCUAUUAACGCCGCAUGUUCUUAAUGCCAAGCUGUCAUGUUUGACGUCAUUCAUUUAUUAGGAAAAUAUACA